GUUCCGCUUCUAAAGAAUCCAUGAGGAUAUUUGUGAAGCUUUCACGCAAGGUAUACUUCUGUUGGAGUUCGAAGUUUUUGGGUGAACCACUUGCAUAAGUGAGAAAUGUUGGGCACUGCUUUGAUAUCUAUAGUGAAUAAAAGCAGUUGUUGCUCAUAAUACUGUGCGUGCGGAGAACGUCCCCUUAACAAAUGUGUUGCGUACGGUUGUAUUACCAAAGCGUAUCGCGAUAGGCGUGUAUUUCAUGGAAACUAUCAUCGGUGCACAAAUUGGUACUGCAUUGAUUGACCAUAUCAUUUAAGUACACCUGCUUACCGUCACCUAGCACUGCAGUCUGUAACGAUUGUACAAUGAAAAGUAACACUACAAAGCCUCAUUUAGGAUGUUUUAGCGAAGCAUCUAACAGUGUAGCAUGUUUCCUGCAAUACCCAACAGUGUUCUACCUGGCGUUAGCAGUCCUUUUUAUCGGAAGUGUGAAUGGUGCAAACCAACUGCAUAUUGGCGGAAUCUUUCCCAUAGCGGGAAAGGGCGGUUGGCAGGGUGGACAAGCAUGCAUGCCAGCCGCCAAGCUUGCUCUACAGGAUGUGAAUGAAAAUCCAGACCUUUUGCCAGGAUUUAACCUUACGCUUCACAGCAAUGAUAGCGAGUGCGAACCAGGCCUUGGAGCAAGUGUUAUGUACAAUCUAUUGUACAAUUCACCUCAAAAGCUGAUGCUGUUAGCGGGAUGCAGUACCGUAUGUACGACGGUAGCAGAGGCAGCCAAAAUGUGGAAUUUAGUUGUGCUUUGCUACGGAGCUUCCAGUCCGGCUCUAUCCGAUCGCAGCCGAUUUCCCACCCUGUUCAGAACACAUCCGUCGGCUACCGUUCACAAUCCGACUAGGAUAAAGUUGAUGCAAAAGUUUGGCUGGUCAAGAGUUGCAAUCUUACAGCAGGCAGAGGAAGUCUUCAUAUCGACAGUAGAGGAUUUAGAAACCAGAUGCAAAGAUGCCGGCAUCGAAAUAGUGACGAGACAAUCAUUUCUAUCCGACCCUACCGAUGCAGUGCGAAACUUACGACGUCAGGAUGCUCGCAUCAUAGUGGGGUUGUUUUAUGUGGUGGCAGCACGGCGUGUCCUUUGCGAGAUGUACAAACAACAGCUUUAUGGAAGGGCUUACGUGUGGUUUUUCAUUGGAUGGUACGAGGACAAUUGGUACGAGGUAAACUUGAAGAACGAAAACAUUUCGUGCACAAAAGAGCAAAUGAAAAUGGCGGCCGAGGGUCACCUGACAACGGAGGCGCUUAUGUGGAAUCAGAACAAUCAGAAAACGAUAUCAGGGAUGUCAUCGGAGGAUUUUCGAAAACGGUUGAAUGCUGCCCUGAUUGUUGAGGGCUACGAUAUUAGCCACAAUCGCUAUCCCGAAGGAUAUCAGGAGGCUCCACUCGCCUACGACGCAGUAUGGAGUGUGGCAUUAGCGUUUAAUAAGACGAUGCAGAGACUAACGGAACAAAACUCGGGUAAAAAUUUGAAAGACUUCACAUACACGGACAAGGAAAUAGCGAACGCCAUCUAUGCAGCCAUGAACUCGACCCAAUUUCUGGGCGUAUCGGGUGUGGUUGCCUUCAGCUCGCAGGGCGAUCGUAUCGCGUUGACGCAAAUCGAGCAAAUGAUAGACGGACAGUACUACAAACUGGGAUACUACGACACACAGGCCGAUAACCUAACCUGGUUUAACAAGGAGAAGUGGGACGGAGAAAAGGUCCCCCAAGAUCGUACAAUUGUGAGACGAGUGCUGAGAACCGUGUCUUUGCCACUAUUUAUCUGUAUGAGCACAAUCUCGAGUUUUGGCAUACUGGUAGCAAUAACGCUGAUCAUAUUUAACAUUUGGCAUAGACACCGGAGGGUCAUUCAAUCGUCACAUCCCGUUUGCAACACCAUCAUGCUUUUUGGAGUUAUCAUAUGUCUCGUGUCCGUGAUUUUGUUGGGCAUUGAUGGGCAGUUCAUAACGGCCGACAACUAUCCAAAGGUAUGUCAAGCGAGGGCCUGGAUUCUUUCGACUGGAUUCACCUUAGCUUACGGGGCCAUGUUUAGCAAAGUGUGGCGUGUACAUCGCUUUACAACGAAAACUAAAACGGAUCCCAAGGUGCGGGAGUUACAUUGUAAAAUGUUGGAUUUCAUUGCAUUCUUGUUUAACGCUUUUUACUAUCUACAGAAAAAAGUGGAGCCAUGGAAAUUGUACACAAUGGUGUCGGGGCUUUUGACGAUUGACUUAGUAAUACUUCUCACCUGGCAAAUGCAGGAUCCUCUCCAACGAAGACUAGAAACAUUCCCCCUAGAGGAUCCGAUAUCUUCUAAUGAUGAUGUGAAAAUACGACCAGAAUUGGAGCACUGCGAAAGCCACAACAAUUCAGUUUGGCUAGGAGUCAUUUACGGCUUUAAGGGAUUGAUAUUAGUGUUUGGACUCUUCCUGGCAUACGAGACACGCUCCAUCAAGGUGAAGCAAAUCAACGACUCCCGUUACGUUGGAAUGAGCAUUUACAAUGUCGUCGUCCUAUGCCUCAUCACUGCUCCUGUCGCCAUGGUGAUAGCGUCGCAGCAAGAUGCAUCCUUUGCGUUUGUGGCGCUGGCCGUCAUCUUUUGCUGCUUUCUAAGUAUGCUGUUAAUUUUCGUGCCGAAGGUGAUAGAGGUGUUACGUCAUCCGAAGGACAAGGUCGAAUCCAAGUUCAGCAAUGAUACCGGCAUUUCGAAGGAGGACGAGGAACGCUAUCAAAAAUUGAUUUCUGAAAAUGACGAUCUGCAGAAACUAAUCGCUCAGAAGGAGGAUAAAAUACGAAUUCUAAAACAACGACUCACGGAACGGGAAACGAAGAAUACUGCUCAACCCUUUAACGAACCCUUGAAUGGUAACACCGUGUGUGGCGUACAGUUCAAUCGAUCGUCUUCGACCGCUCUGGCUCCAAAGUAAGGCGCAGCGCAGCAGUGCAGCCACGGAAAAGGAGAUCGUUGGCGAUGGUUCACAAUUGAAGCAUAUGGAUUAAUCUAAAUUGAAAGUAACCAAUGCAUAUUAGCGAACGAAAUGUAUCGUAUAGUGAAAUUAAGUCCUUACAGCAAUUGCUUAGCUCUUAGGGAAGGAACAAAUAACAACUACUGAAAUCAAUUUUCCGCUACGUAGGAGGAUACGUGACGCGUAACGAAAGAAAACUCCGAACAGUGUAUAUUUUAACAAAACUGAAAUAAAA